AUGUUCUCAGCGUCCAACUCGACUUACGAGGCCAUGUACCCGUCCUUCACAUCCUAUAUCUCCUUGGAAGCCAUGACGGGCGCCGCAGGAGGUUCUGGUGACUUCACAUUCCUAUGGGCCAGCCUCAUACAACAAGUAACACUUGCAAACGCAUGGAAAUUCUUGCUGGUUCUACACAUCUUGGUCAAUUUCAAAGUAUUCCCAUUCAUCUACCAUCUACGACUUCUCAAUGCGGUGCGCUUCGUCCUACGCUCUCAACGAUCCAGUGUGGAUUUGCAGCCUGAGCAGAUAUUCCAGCCUCUGAUCACCUCAUCCCAGGCAUGUUUGAUGGACAUUGACGUACUUGGCCACAAGAGCAACUCGACAUAUUUCUCCGACGUGGAUAUUGCCAGAACCCACCUGCUUACCACAAUAUUCAGCAAGGGGAUUGAGAAAUGUCGUGGAAGCACCACCAUGAACGGCCUAAAUGGUAAGACAUCCAACUUCAGCAUCGCUCUCGGAGGCGUCAGCUGCACAUUUCGAAAAGAACUGCUCCCCUUUGAGACCUACGACAUGUGGACGCGGUUACUAUCAUGGGACGACAAAUGGGUUUACGUCGUCACUCACUUUGUUAAACGGGGAAGUAAGGUCGCGCCAGGUAGGAUCACCUUAUACCCUGAACAGCAGCGACGUCAUUCAUCAACCGCCGGCACACCCCUGAGUUCGAGAAGAGGUUCAGUUGGUACGGCUAGCAAAGGAUCUUCACCAGAGCGCCUGCCUAUCGCUGCGUCGGCGAUGAGCAAGAUAGUCUUCAAGGAUGGACGCAGAACCAUCACUCCUGCAAAGAUGCUAGAGCUGUCGGGUUUGCUGCCGAGCGAAGAGAACACUCCCAAGUCCUCGGCACUGGAUUCAGCAAACGACAACAAGGGUGGGAUCCCCGGAUACGGAUGGCCUGUGACGCCAGAGGAGAUCGAAGUUGAACGACAGCGAGGCCAAGCCAUGGCGCAGCUUCUAGCCAAGCAGAUUGACCUGGAGUGCGAGUUUGCGGAUGAUGCAGCAUUGGGCCGGCACCACGAUGGCUUUGGAGUCGAGGGCGUGGUGUCUACUCUGGCCCAACUCAGUGGCCUAAGCCGGUACCAAUUGGUGUAA